CAACAAACAUCCCAUUUCAAUGUUCAACAUUUCCGUACAUCAAAUAAAUAAAUAAAUAAAAGUCUUCCCACCACCUUAAAUCCGGCAUUCUAUUUUUUGGCUUGUCGUUCGCAUCUUACCGUCUUUCUCUCCUUUCCCCAAAUUUUCUCCUGCUCUCUCUUUCUACACAUACAUACAUUCCUUCGAAAAUUCAUUUGUUUCGGUUUGGACUCAGGGUUAGGGGUUGACAUGGGCCAAAAGUCGUUGAUCUAUAGCUUUGUGGCUCGUGGUACGGUUAUUCUUGCCGAGUACACCGAGUUCACCGGCAAUUUCACCAGCAUCGCUGCGCAAUGCCUCCAAAAACUUCCUGCUAACAAUAACAAGUUUACCUAUAACUGUGAUGGCCAUACUUUUAAUUACCUCGUUGAGAAUGGUUUCACAUACUGUGUUGUGGCUGUUGAAUCUGCUGGCCGACAACUUCCAAUUGGUUUUUUGGAUCGGGUUAAGGAAGAUUUCAACAAGAGAUAUGGUGGAGGAAAAGCUGCAACAGCUACUGCAAAUAGUCUUAAGAGAGAGUUUGGGCCUAAAUUGAAAGAGCACAUGCAAUAUUGUGUAGAUCAUCCUGAAGAGAUCAAUAAACUUGCGAAAGUGAAAGCUCAGGUGUCUGAAGUUAAGGGUGUUAUGAUGGAAAACAUUGAGAAGGUUCUUGACCGUGGUGAGAAGAUUGAGCUGCUGGUGGAUAAAACUGAGAACCUUCGAUCACAGGCACAAGAUUUCAGGCAACAAGGAACUAAGCUGAGAAGGAAGAUGUGGUACCAGAAUAUGAAAAUUAAAUUGAUUGUUUUGGGAAUCAUCAUUGCAUUGAUUCUUAUCAUUAUCCUAUCGGUUUGCCCUGGUUUCCGUUGUUUCUAGGAUUUCCCUUGAUACUGCCCUUGCCGUGACGCAGACUUAGUUGUCUCGGUAAACCGGUUCUUCAUUACUUUGUUAACCAUCCUCUUGCAUAUUUCUUGCUGGAAUCCUUUAUAUUUUAGUUGUCUCUCUCCUUAUAGUCAUGAAUGAAGGGGAGGAGUUUGUAUCUUGCAUUGAUUGUAUAGUUUAUAUGCUUGAACUAUUCUGAAGUAGAUAAAUGUCUUAUGUUGCUUCAUAAUGAUGUAGUGAAUGAGUACAUAAUUGUAUGGUUGCAGAACAAAUUAUUCCUUAACAAUUUUAUUGAUUGUCUAUUUCUUUAA